AUGGAUCAAAGUCGCGUCCCUCACCAGGACCCCGACCGCGUGGCCACCAUGUACGGCGAACUCGGCAACAAAUUGGUCCAACACGCCAAACGCACCCAAUCCCUCGCCCAUCUACCCCCCUACCAAACAGAGAUCGUGCGCGCAGUAAGCCGCGAAGUCCGCGAUCUCGACCGCGAUGUCACGCGCCUCCUAGAGCCCUUCGAGGGCGCAUUCAACCCCUCAGCCGACCCAGCCAUCGCCUGCGCCCUACUCGUCGACCACCUGUGCAUGCGCCGGAACAAGCGCUGUCUACUCGCGUACCACCGCGUGCGCACAGAGAAGCUCGAGGAGCUUUGCUGGACGGGAGUGGAUAUCCUCGAGCAGCAGCAGCCGUCCGAAGACGGUGGGGUGGCUCAGCACACGGCUCUCGGGGCUAGCGGGCAUAGCUCGCUAAGUCCUGAGGAGGAGGAGUAUUUUCGUCAGUACGGGGAUAUGCUUGCUGCGUAUAAGGGCCAGUGGACGGAUGUUGAUUUGACGGGGACGUUGGAGCCGCCCAAGGAUUUGUUUAUUGAUGUACGGGUGUUGAAGGAUGCUGGUGAGAUCCAGACUGAAUAUGGUGUGAUCAACUUGACUAAGAACAGUCAACUCUAUGUUCGUCAAGGUGAUGUGGAACGGCUAAUUGCUCAGGGUUUCCUGGAGCGGUUGACUUGA